AAAAUACAAGGGCCUGCUCUUAUUAAUCUCCUUGUCACUACAUAGCCCAGCUGGUUUUUGUUUUGUUUUGAUUUUUGUGAGGAAGGGGGCAUACCUGGCGAGGCUCAGGGCUCCCUCCUGGCUCCCCACUUGGGAAUUACUCCUGGCAGUGCUUGAGGGACCAUAUAACACGCCAGGGAUGGAAUCUGCUCCUGUAGCCCAGCUCUGACACGCUGAGCGUCUUAGCCCAGUGAGGAUGCUCAGCGUGAGGCCUCCGGCUUGUCUGUCUCUCGCAACUGCCACCUGCCUGAGAUCUCUUCUCUAUAAAUAAGCAGUUUCCGGUUCACACCGCCUGGGCGGCAUAGUCUUAGGAGCUGGAGUUAGAGUUGUAUUCAAAUCCUCCACCGCAAGGAGCCGGCCACCGGCCAUUGAGAUGGAUUUCCUGGUCCCUCCGGUGUCCUCGCUGCCCGGGGAAUUCUCCAGGAGGCGAUGACUUGUCCCUCCAAGCUGUUGGUUCUGUGGUUUCUGUGUUUCUCCCGAGAUCAAGUUCCAGAUGGCCCAGCAGUGCUUCCAGAAUGAGUAUUUUGACAGUCUGCUGGGUGCUUGCAAACCGUGUCAUCUGCGAUGUUCCAGUACCCCUCCUCUGCCCUGUCACGGGUAUUGCGAUGCGAUGGAAGGAACAAACAGCAUCCUCUGGACCUGUCUGGGGUUGAGCCUGAUUGCGUCCGUGACAGUUUUUGUGCUGAUGUUCUUACUAAGAAAGAGGCGCUUCGAACCGCAAAAGGACAAGACCAAAAGCACAGGACUGGCCCCCCAGCACCAGGUGAAGGCCGACCCGGAGCACGGCGGGCUGGAGGCUGAAACGCCCCCGCAACGAGGCCGGCUGGAGUACACCGUGGAAGAAUGUACCUGUGAUGGCUGUGCCCCGGGCGGGCAGCGGGCGGACCCCGAGUCCCUCUUCCCGCUCCCCGUCAUGGAAGAAGGUGCCACCGUGCCUGUCUCCGUGAAAACCAGCAUUGCAGGCGGUGGCCUGCCUGGUGCAGAAGCCCCCGGGGCCAGAAAAGUCUGCUUCUACUAACCCGCCCUGGCCACUGGCCCUGGGGCCCUCAGGAACGCCUGUGGCUGGCCCGGAGGCCCCAGAGGGGUCUCUGCCCAUGCUGGUCCUGCAGGAUGUUCAUGCGACACUUCUGUUAGAUGCGUUUCUUCUGCGGUGUGGUGGGGAACCUUUCUCUGCAAACUUCUUUGGCUUCAUGAUAAAUUCUGAACAAAUGCGCCCUGCACGUUUCCUAGACUGCCCCAGGUCUCUGCAUCAUCAGCGUGGCUCUGCUAUGCUCCGGCUGCUCCUGAGCCUGCAGGGAGAAGCGUCCCGAGACGAAGGUGUGGCUCUGGCUUCCUGCAUCUUGGCUCACUUGCUAGGAAUCGGGCAGGAGCGAGUGCAGACGCUAAGGCGCUUGCCUUGAAUGCAGUGACCGCCCCCGCCCCCCUCCACCAGCACAGAGUCAAGGGUAGCUCUUGAGGGUCAGUGUCCUAGCCAACCUGCCCUCCCCUGCCAAAGAAAAUAGACUUAUCGAGAAAAUUGCUAGGAAGUUACGGACCUUAUCCACUGUAUUAUGCUAGCAUUCCUCCUACGCGCUGUGACGCUCACGGCCCUAUUCUGUGGCACUCGUGUCUGGCUGUCACAUGGCUGACAGUCACUUGCUGCGAUCUCGUGGAGCACUGAGCUUCCAGGAUUGAGCUGUGCACAUGCGGGACACCAGACACUUCAACUUGUGACCCAGUGUUAGGUCCCGGGAAGGGAGUUUCGCUCGCACAGUGGCCUGACCAGAUGUGAGGAUGCAAAUGCAAGGCACUCUUUAUUGCUGGGUCGAGCUAGGGUCGGUGCAGUGGAGUCUCGACCAGGACCCCGACCCAAGCUCCCGGGAACAUUAUCUAGCAUAUCUCGCUACAUAAGCAAUGUUGGCAGUUUUCCCAAGAAUUGCGACGAAGCAGUCACAAGAAGCUGUGAGCUAAUUGGUCAUGCCCACCCAUGUGUCCAGACAUUCUACUUCGCAUGGGACCAGCGAGAGGCAUCUAGGGGAUUUCCAGCUUCCGCCAAGGACAGUCUUGAGGAAUGUUUUCUCGGGGGAGAGGGGGAACAGAAACUUAGGCCUCCUGCUUGUUUUGUUGAAGUGCAACAAACAUCCGAGGUUCUUUCUCGGCCUUGCACCAGAAAAUUCGACCCCUGCCCACAUGCCAAACAGGCUAACCAGAGAGCAGGCGCUGCCAAGGGGCGGCUGAGUCUGGGUGACGUAACAAUGCAUUUGGGAUGUCCUUGAGAGGGUCCUUGCUUUGUAACCUCGACAACCUGUGAAUGUCCUCUAAAGCCGCUCCUGUCCUUGAGGUGGUGUUACCUCGCUCUGCAGAUGCUAUGCUUGAGGAUUUCUGCUUCUGUUCUCCCACAGGCCUCCUGCUAAUGCCCCGCCCUCUGCCAGAUACUUUAUAAAAAUGAGC